AUGGGAGAACUGGCCGCGCUCCGCGUGCACGCGUUCAGGAUGUACGCAACGUUCUACAAGGCAUUUCUGGGUGUCAGCGGACACACGGACUCCUCUCUCGCCAUCGCCCGUGGACAUGCCAUCAAGUAUGUAGACUGGACUACGCUUGUCGAGAUUUUGCCGCAGGCGUAUCCGGAUCAUGCAUCGCAUUGGCGCUUUCCAAAGAUUCACAUGAUUGUCCACCUGCUGGACAAUGUGAUCAUGCGCGGAAUGCCGCACCACUACAGCACGGAGAUGUGGGAGCAUACCCACAAGGGGACGGUCAAGAUCCCGGUCAGGGGCAGCAACUGGAAGGACAUCCCCCGGCGCAUUGUGGAGGAGGAGGUGCAGAGAGAGACUUGCAGGGAGGUGGCACAGGACGCGGGUGGCGGGCGUCAGUAUGCGACGGCGCUGCGCGAGGCUGUUGAGACGAUGAAGCCCGUGCUCACGAGGAAGGGACGCGCGAUGCGGCCGGCGGAGGAGGGAGAUGCGGUGAUGGGUACCUACCGCACGGUACUUGGCGACCUCAUGGAUGCGCUACCAGGCAGCAUGGUGGCUGCUAAGAUCACCGCAUCUGGGGUCGUGGCCCACACCGCGAUGGCGAUUCCGCGCACCAAAGGUGGAGCACUGGUCUCCAAGGGCGCGUUCAACAAGGCAAGCCCCAAGGGGAAGUGGUUCACUGACUUUGCAGUGAAGUCAGGCAAGAAGGAGGAGUGGUAUGCGAAGGCGCUGUGUAUUUUCAAGGUGGCGACGGCAGAGGGCGACCGGAAGGGGUUUGUGUACGUGCGGUGGUAUGAGAGGGCAGGCAUCUGCCCCCUGACCACCUGCGUGCAGUUGACACCGUCACGCAAGGACACAAGGCACGCAGUGAUUGAGGUGGAGAGCAUUCUGCGAGUUGCGCACAUUUGCCGCUCUUUCAGCAACCUUGCUGUCGUUGCUGCAUACUUCUUCGACGAAAUGGCGUCCCUGGUAUCCCUCCUUGAGGCGCUGAAGGCACCGCCCGAAAAGGUGUUCACAUUCACGGAGUUUCCGUUAAUCCCCGCACGGGUGCCGUUAGGAACGUCUCUGGACGAGCGUGAGCAGCUGUCGCGGAAAUGGCACUUGCCCGUUUGCUUUUUGUACAACCCGACUGGAUGUGUCCGCAAACCGCCGCUCGUUGUUCUACGACGAGACGACAAGAGGCCAGUACAUGACGGGCGCAAUAAGAAUCAUGACGUGAAAGUGCGCUACGCCAAGAAUGGGCGGUUUUCUAGCGAGUUGUUCACUGAGGUCGUCGACGAGUUCAACGGCGAAUUGCACGCGAAGAGCGAAAAGGCGGUGGUGCUGGUGCACAACCCUGCGCACACCCUCAUCGGGUGUGUGAAACGGACCAGCACAGUGGAGGGGUUUGUAGUGGAGGAGUUGAUAUGGGUGAAGGUUGUUCAGACAUUUGGCGUGAUGCCGGCUGCUGCGUUCUCGGCCAUAAAUGGUGUUGUGGACACAUUGAAGGUAGUUUUCCGGACGUGGUUCGUGCGAUCGGCGGUCACGAGCACGGAGUGGACCCGUGCGGGCGUUUUUCCUCGGCCGCCACUGCACGAUGUCCUGUACAAGCUGUUCAUGGCGGGCAAGUUGACAAUGCCUGGGACAAUCCAUAGGAGUUGGUGGCGGGCCGGUAGCGUGCCGAAGGGCUGGCUGUCGCGGAUGGACAGCUUGAAAGGGAAAGUUGCGGCUGGGAUGUUUGACAGUCUGGUGCUGCAGUUGACGAGUCUGCAGCUGGUCAUUGAAGAGUUCAAAAGCAAGUGCAGCAGCACGGCGUUUAUGACGGCGUGGGAUUUUGUGGGGUGCGACGAAAACCUCAUUGAGAAGUGGUCGCCAGCGAGGGGCGAGGAUGACGAGUCUGGGGAUGAGAUUCCGGCAUACUUCUGCAUUCCGGAGGGGCCGCUAAUGCGAGACAGCCGUAGCUGUCGCUGCGUGAGCCGCAUGGUCCACGAUGGUUUCGUGAAGCAUGCGGAGGCAUUGGGUAUUCCGCCACGCGACAUGCUUGAGGAGGCCGGAGUGGUGAAUGAGGAGGUGGUGAGCCGCCUUUGA